AUGGUCUCAAACGAUGCGCUCGCACGGCUGAGCACGUUUAUCGCAAUGCGUAAGGAGUGCUGCCCCUAUUCUCGGGCAAGGCAGUACACGGGGAAGGAGGGGUUCCCGAGUAUCGCGUACCAGGCGAUCGUAGAUCACACCGGACGUGUCCUUGCCGUUACGAAGGGCUUCCCCGGUGCCAUGAACGACAAGACCAUCAUCCGUUAUGACACGGCAGUGGCGAUGAUCCGCCGUGACCCUGUCUACACGGAGAAAGUGAACACGCUCUUCGACGAGAACGGCCGACCUUUCGAGCGUAAAGGAAACUACAGCAUUGUGGACAACGGGUACAACAAGACUGACAUGGAGAGCAAGUGGAGCAAAGCGCAGGAGAGCGUCCGAAAAGACGUCGAGUGCUUCGGCAUCUUGAUGGGCCGCUUCAAGAUCCUGAAGUUGGGAAUCUUUUUCCAGGACAAGAACGUCAUCGACAACUUGUUCGUCACGUGCUGCACCUUACACAACAUGCUGCACGCGUUCGACGGGCUGGAAGAACUCGAGAUUGUCGAAGAGUGGGGAGCGAGGGCGGGUCUCCACGAUGCUUGGGACAACGACCUUUGUUGGACAAGAUUACUGUGGGAUCCACCAGCCCCACCCCGGCGGACGAUGACGACAUCACCACGACCCCGGAAGCAGCCCAUGAGGAGUUGA